UUCCCAAAAGGAACUUUACCCGAUUAACUUUCUGAUUUCUAUUCUGUCAAUCCUAUCUUAAGCUAUACAUUCGCAGCUUAGCGGAGUUCUGAAAAAGAUCUUCAUUCCAGACCAUUCAACAGGACAUAGCUGUCGUUGCGCGCGGCGUGACGAGAAAAUUAACCAGCACUCUUUUGGCAAUGGCACUAAUUUUGACGCUAGAAGGCAAGCUUAAGCCUGUGUUGGAUGUUAACCUCGCGUUUCUCGCAUCUGUUACCUAGCGGAAUACUGGAUUAAAGCACUGAAUAAAAUACUUUUGUUAUUGUUUAUCACGCCAUCUAUUGACUACUUACAAAGUACUCAGAUGUGGUAAGAAUACAACAUUUUGAAUAACUCAUUGCAUAAUUAGAAUAAACAAUUCGAAUUGAAUGCAUUACAAUUUGUUUAGCUUGGUAGUUUUAAUAUUAUAUUAUAGUCGUGUUUGUGUCAGUGUCAAUUCCAGUGACAGCAAUGAAAACCAGUGCCUACUAACAAAGUAACAACUUCCAACUGCCAAAUGCCAAUUGAAAAUAACACUCAUGACUCAACACGCUCAACCCCAUAGUCGGUGUAUGUAACGGCUGUUAAUUUAAAUUUGAUUAUUUUUCCGAGUUUAGUCAUAGAUGUCCACGUUAAAAAAUUUUCAAAGUAUAUAAUAAAAAAUGGAUACGAAAAAAGGUCAAGUGAACCAGAAAACACGUUUUCUAGCUUUAUCUUUAAAGAAAAAUAAAAUACAUAAAGAGAAGAAAUUAGAGAAACUAAAUCAUAGUUCUGAUGUUAUUAUUAUCGAUGAGUCGUUUGAAAGACUACGCUCGGAUUUUCCGAAACAUUGUGUUCCACCUCAGAAAAUUUACUCACCCAUAAUAUUAGAAGAGUCCAAUGAGGUGACAAAUGAUGAACUAUUGUUAAAUACAGUUAAUAACACCAGCAAGUCCGGAAAGGUGUCUCUUGACUUAUCAGCGUGUUCUCUGACACACAAUACUUCACAUCCUAGUUGUAAUGGAUGGUCUCCUGCUCAGGACUUCUUUUGUGCUAGACCUAGAGGUCAACCUGAACCAUCCACACCAUCCGAUAUUCUUAACGAAUCACAGGAGCACUGCUCAAUGGAAAAAAUUACAAAAUCUCAUCAUAAGCUGCUUUCUGAAUUAUAUGGAGAUGAUAUUAUAUGGAAUAACUUUAGAACACCUAAUGGUGUGUCAAAAAAGCUUUUAUAUGAAGAUGAGGAUAAAGAAAACAUCAGAUCGGUAAUAAAAAAAAAUAAAGAGUUGUAUUUAACAGAUUCUGAGAGAAAAAAGAAAAGUGAUACAGAAAAUUCAGAGAUAAAAUCUAGAAAGAAAUUAUAUACUGAAAUGGUAAGUACUCCAGAGGUGCCCAAAGUAAAAAUUCCAUGUGAUGUUAAAACAACUGUAAAGAAAAAUUCAAAAGCAAUGACAGUUACGGAAUUGGUUGAAAUAAUGGAUGAUGUUUUAAAAGAGAAAGAUACCAAAAAUACAAAGAAUAAACUGAAAGAUGAAGAUUCAACUAGAGGUUAUAACAUUAAAGACAAAAAAGUUUCGGAAUUGAUAGAUGCUCGUUUGAACAAAGUUAAGAAAAACAUUUCAGAAAAAGCAAAUAGUUUGACUGUAAGACAUAAUCAGACAUCUAAGAAAGAAAAUGUAGAUAUUAUUAAAAAGAAAGGGAAUAUUAGUGUUCUGACAAAUAAGCUAAAACUUUUGGAUGUAUGCCACACACCUGAGACAAAACGGUUGAGUUUUGUAGCAUCUUUAGCUGAUAAUGUACCUUCGUGGCGGUGUCACCCUGAAGCAUUGCAGUACCAUGACAAAUACAAGACUCUCAGAGAACAAUUAGUAAGACGACUUUACUCAGAAUUUAACAGAGAGGUGUUUGGAAACAAGUUGGACAAAGACAUGCCCUUGAUUUGGGACACAAAGUUGAGAAGUACUGCUGGGACAACGACAAACCGCCUGAUAAAGAAGUCAACGGGUGAGAAACUGCGCGUGUCAAGCGUCAAGUUGUCGACUAAAGUCUUGGAUUCGGCUCAAAGAGCUCGAGACACGCUCAUCCAUGAAAUGUGUCACGCGGCAACUUGGAUCUUGGACGGCGAACUCAAGGCUGGCCAUGGGCCAUUGUGGGUCAAAUGGUGCAAAGUGGCGCUGCGAGUUUUUCCCGAAUUAGAAGAAAUAUCUCGAUGCCACGAACUAGAAAUCCACUACAAAUACAGUUACAAAUGCAAACAAUGUGGAUACAGUAUAAAACGUCACUCAAAAUCAAUAGACGUAACGAAGAAGUGCUGCGGGUAUUGUCGCGGUACUUUUGAAGUCAUAGUGAAUAAAAAAAAUAAAGAUGGCGUCGUCGUAUCUACUCCGGCACGUUCCGGAAACACCAACGAAUUUGCACUUUAUGUAAAGGAAAAUUAUGGAUCUGUUAAGAAGUCUGGACAAACUCACGCGCAGGUUAUGAAGCUUUUAGGCGAACAGUUUUCUGUUAAGAAAAAGUCGAAAGAGUCAGUCGAAUAAUCUAUGACGAUUCUAGAAAGGUCUGAAAGUAGCAAAUUAUAUAAAUCAAUUAUUUUCGUAAUGCAAAAUAUAUAUUUUAGUAUUUGAACUUUUCAGUAAUGAAAAAUUUUGAAUAAUUUUUUUUAUUCAUUUAAUAACGCUGCUUUAAAGUUAAGUAUGUUUACACUAAUUUGUUUAAGACUUUUUUAUUACUUAUCAUAAUUAAUUUAUUUUAGUUUUGUAUUAAAACAUUUUAUAGGCAAGAUACAAGUUUUCUGACUACAGGUCUGACAGCAGGUCUUCAACUAAUUAGGUAAUGCACUUGUAUAUAAUUAAGAUGUAUAAUAUAAAUAUUAUAUUUAAUAAUAUGUAAAAUGAAAUAAAAUGCAUA